UUCUUCAAUGAUUACCCUUCCAUUUUCGUGAAACUACUAACCCUGCCGUUACAAAAUUUGCCAUGGUAACAUGAGGAAUCCACCAAGCAUCAAAUUCCUCUCUAUUUUGAUAGCCUUAGUGCCCGCUGCCAACAGCGGAUUUGCCUGCCUUGAAAACCCAUGUGUUCACGGAGUAUGUGUAGACGAUUUAAACUCGACAUAUUUAUGCUAUUGCAUCGACGGUUAUACCGGAAUUCACUGCCAAACUAACUGGAACGAGUGCUGGUCGAACCCCUGCCAAAAUGGGGCCACGUGUGUUGAUGGAAUAGCCAUGUUCAAUUGUACAUGUCCUCUUGGAUUCACAGGAGAUUUAUGUGAGACUGAUCUCAACGAAUGCGAAAGUAGCCCUUGUCUGAACAAUGGGACGUGCUUGGAUGCAGUCAAUGGCUACUUCUGCAGCUGUCUCGCUGGGUAUUCCGGGGAUCACUGUGAGAUAGACGAGGCUGUUUGUAACACCACGAGUGAAGCAAGAUGUGCCAACGGUGGUGUAUGCGAAGAAGGUCCUGGUGAGACCUUCACUUGUAAAUGUUUACCAGGUUGGAAUGGCCCAUUGUGUACAACGGAAAUAAACGAAUGCUUGUCCAAUCCUUGUCAGAAUGGAGGCGUUUGUGUAGAUUUAUUAGCGGAUUAUGAUUGUGCAUGCACGUUUGGUUUCAUGGGAAAGAACUGCGAAGAAGAGAUGCAGAUUUGCGAAACGCAAACUUGCAAAAACAACGCGCUGUGUUUGCUAGAAGAAGGCGAGCCAGUUUGUUACUGUGUCCCUGAUUUUCACGGAGAUCUUUGUCAGUAUCAGUACGAUGAAUGCCAGCUAGGCGUAAGAUGUGCUAAUGGAGGAACUUGCAUAGACGGCGUCGACAAUUUCACCUGCUCCUGUCUUCCAAAUUUGACUGGAGUCUUUUGUGAAUGUUUGAUCCUACCAGAUGGCUCUCAAAAUUGUUCAUUUGUCGACUUAGAUCUCACGACCAUACCGUAUAUUGGUACAAAUGUCACAACCGAACAAUUCUCGACCUUGGGUUUAACAGAUGGUACCUCAACAUUCUUUUCAACCACCUUCUUCGAAUCUAGCACGACGUAUACAACCCUAAUGACUGGGUCACCCAACACCUCUACAGAUACAACAUUCCUGACGACACCGAGUUUUUAUGACACAUCCACCGUUGAAUCCAGUCGAAAUUACACAGAUUUAACAACGGUUACCACAGCUAAAUAUGAUUUGACAUCUGAAAUCACCACAUCCCAGCCAUCUGAAAAGACUGAAACAUUUCCUACCUCUGAUUAUAUUACGACAGAAAAACUGGAAGUAACUGUGACUACUGAGGCAAAUCCAACAUUUACAACAAGUAGUUCUUCACAGACUGAACAAAUAUUGGAGACUACAACCAAGAUUGAUGAAGAAACAACUUUCGUUACUUCAACUGAAGCGGAAACCACCACAAUAAUCAGUUGGAAAAAUACAAGUUCACUUACAAAUUUCUCUUCACCCGCAACAGAAAUUAUAACGUCGACAGUUUUAUCUGCCACUACUGGAGAUGAAACUGGGGGUUCAACUAUGGAAAGUUCAAGUAAAUCUAUAUCAGAAGAAUCAACUGAUUUCACUACAGAAAGAAUAACCGUUGGAACUCUAACAUCCGGAAGAGAAUUUCCCGUAGAAACGCCUACUCUAACCGACGUAACAACUCAGAUUUCCGAUAAAACGACAAUUUCUGCCGCACCAGAUUGUUCACAAGAAGGAAAGGAAUGCCAACAUGGGGGAACCUGCAUAUUGGAAGAGAAGGGUUACAAAUGUCAUUGCCCUUUCGAUACUGAAGGAGACUCGUGUGAGGUCCUUCUAGGUGUGAAAAAUGCUGCUUUUAAUGGGGAAUCAUACCUGGCUCACCAUUUACCUGAUUUUUCCCAUAUUAACAUAGCAUUCGAUGCUAAGACUGUAACGUCUGAUGGACUGAUAUUUCACUUAGUCACCGACAAAAUAUUCAUGAGUCUGUACAUAAGGGAAGGAUUUUUGGAGUUCAAGUUUUCAUGUGGCUAUCAAACCAUGCUUCUGAGAGAGUUAAGAACGCCAGUCAAUAAAGGUUACGUGAUGCAUAUUGCAGCAAAGUUGCAUUUUCGACCGGAUUUCAGCCACUGCGACGCAUCUGUAAAUGUAAACAACACCUUAUCCAUGAGAGGGGACCAAAUGUCUUCGGUGCCACAGUUCCAGAAGCCAAAUAUUUGGUUGUAUUUGGGUGGAGUUCCGGCCGAAAUGAAACAGAUUGAUGGUAGUCUGGUGGGAUUUGCUGGGUGUAUGAAAAAUUUGAAGAUUUCUGGUAGGUCCGUUAAUAUUUUCGGAGACGCGGAGGAUGGUACAGCAGUUACCGAGUGUUCGUCAUUGGCUUGUCUUUCAAAUCCGUGUCAGAAUGAAGCAACAUGUGUUGUUGAAAAGGGGGAAUGGACUUGUCACUGUAAAAACGGGUAUUUGGGAAAACAAUGUGAAAUAUCUGUUUGCGACAACAACCCUUGCUUAUUUGGUGGUACCUGUGUGAGUCUCUCUAAAAGUGGUUACAUUUGCCUUUGUCCAUUCGGCAAACACGGACAUUUUUGUGAAAAUGAUAUGAAAAUAACUCAUCCGCAUUUUUCCACCAUGGCGAAAGGGUGGUCCUCAUACGUCGCCUAUUCAAUACCGAAAGAAAUAUCCAAAAACCUCGAGAUCAAAUUCAAUUUUUUACCUACGGAUAUGGAUCAAAUCUCAAUGUUACUCUUCAUAGGCCAGACUGGCUUCCAUGAUACGUUCUCAGAUCAUUUAGCCGUUAGCUUAAUCAAAGGAUAUAUCAUGUUGACCUGGAAUUUGGGUUCUGGUCCAAGAAGAAUCUUCACGAACCAGCCGUUGCAGAAAGGUCUGAGUAACUAUACAAUACAUUUGGGACUCAGAGGCAGGAGGGCUUGGUUGAACGUUGAAAAUAUAGGAAAUAUCACAGGAAAAGCCCCAGGGCCCUUCGAAAAUUUAGAUGUGGCCCCCAUUCUUUUCAUAGGUGGUCACGAGUCCAAGUACUUCAACAAGUUGCCACAUGACUUACCACAGCACUCAGGUUUUAUGGGGUGCAUAUAUGACAUCAAGAUUAAGACCGAGAACGAACUGAUUCCAGUGAAACUGAACGAUCGCACUGUGGGGAGAUCAGUGAAUCAAUGUGGGGUUUCAGAAUGCUAUAAGAACAGGUGCCCCAAUAAAGCUGCUUGUUUACAUCAUGGAAGCACUUUUACAUGCCUCUGUCAAGAUUCUUGGUAUGGGCCACUUUGUUUGUCCAAAGUAAAUCCUUGUGAUUCGACCUACAAUAAAUGCUCGAAAGGUUCUACUUGUGUACCUCUGAUAGAAGGAUAUGAAUGUGACUGUCCUUUCGGAAAAAGUGGGAUAUAUUGUGAGCAAGAUGUGAGCAUCACAGAUGUCAGUUUCAAGGGGACAAGAUCUUUCAUAGAUAUCGGAUAUUACGAAUUUCAAAAUAACAAAUUCAAUUUCAAACUGGAAAUCAAACCGUUGUCGAACAACGGACUGAUCCUUUUCACCGGCAAAGAAGAAAAUUUCGUUUCGCUAUACCUGCAAAAUGGGAUGGUAGAAUUGAGAGUGAAGAGGGGUAAAUUCAAAUUGAGCCACAAUUUGGUGACUGUUAGAAGUAGCAGACUGUUGGUUUUGGGAGUUUGGCACCAGAUUAAAUUUGGGAUGUUUGGAAGGAAGAUAUACCUCUCUGUGGAAAAUGUUAUAGAUACUGCAUUGUUGGAAAAGGAGAACUAUAUACUGGAGUUGGCAGAGAAGAUACAUUUAGGUGGAUUACCAGAUAUGUCUCGACUACCUUUAGACGCUCUGUCCACCCUCCCAACCCAUUAUACAGGGUGUAUUCGUCUGCUCGAAAUAGAUUCGAAAUUCAUACGUCUCAACGCUGAAAAUAUAAAAAAAGGUCGUAAUAUCAUAGAUUGCGACGGUACUCCAUGUGGGGGAGAUGUCUGCGCGAAUGGGGGUACCUGUUGGCUAGAUUCUUUCAGGAAAUCCCAUUGUAAUUGCCCAUCACCGUUUUAUGGUAGCAAAUGUGAGAAUAUCUACAACUGCUCGAACAAUAUGUGCAAUAAUAUGGGUCAGUGUAACGAUAACAAAUGUUACUGCAUACCUGGAAGAAAUGGAUUCAAUUGUGAAAAUGAAAUCAUUGUCAAAAUGCCGGAAUUCAAAAAAGGGAGUUAUUUAAUAAUCGACAAGAAAAAAGAUAAAAGGAGGGAUGCUAUCAACACUGAUAUUGGACAGAUUUCAAUUAAUUUUACUACAGCUAGUUCGAAUGGCUUACUUUUAUGGCAUAAAGAGGAGAAUUCCUUCAUAGGGUUGGGAAUCGAGAGAGGCCAUUUGAAAUUAGCUUAUUCUCCAGACAAAAAUAAUACAUUCUCCGCCAUUUUAUGGAACAACAGAAUAUCAGAUGGACUUUGGCACAACAUACGUUUGAAAUUCUCACCAAUGUCAAUAGAAAUUGACCAAACAUCCUUCAGGAAAAACAUACCACUGACGAAAAAUCACGAGAUCAAUUUGACCAAUGGAAGAUUUUUCCUAGGAAAUGUGCCAACCAAUAAGAGUUUAUCAUUUGAAACUAACGGGUUCUUCAAAUAUCCAUUCGAGGGGUGUAUUGAUAGUUUCAGUGAAAAUUCUGAAAAAAUAAACGAUUUUUCUAUUUUCGAAGGACUAGGAAUUGAAAUUUGUCCGGUAUUUUGAUGAAAUAAAAAUAUUUCACGAAUAAA